AUGAGCAUGUUCAUGAAUGUGCCUCUGAAGAGGGUCAUUACGGGAUCAUAUAUUGAAUCCAGAGUACAGAUGGAUUAUUCUGGCAUGGCAUCUCCCGAGACGAAGAGCAUUGCUCCACAGAGUCUUAUCACUGUAGACCACAUCGAGAGAGUCCUCAAAACUGACAAAGGGAGUGAUGCGCUCCUAAAGUCCUGGAAAGUUGUUGACUUCACCAAGCCCGGAGAUAACUAUGCCUGUGUUGUCACGAGUGUGGAAGUCAAAUAUACUUUAGCAAAUGGAGGUGACUACAAAGUCUCUUACAUUGUAAAAUUAAAUGCCUGUAGGAACAGAAAAGGCUUCCCAGAUUUCACACCGAAUCUCUUUGCCAAGGAAGGAGGGUUUUACCAAGAGAUAGUCCCAGCACUGAAUGUGAUACUAAAAUCCGCAGGCCAUGAACUUCUCCACUUUCCCAAGUGCUUCCUAGUAAUCACUGAAAAGGGAAAAGAACAAAUGUAUUUUGCUGACUUGAGAGUACAAGGCUACAAAAUGUUUGAUGUACGAGAAGGAAUAAGCAUGGAUCACGUCACUUUAGUUUUGGAGGAGCUCGCCAGAUUACAUAGUGCUUCUUAUCUUUUGAAGAAAAAAUUGCCAGAAGGUGAAACAGUAUCUACAAAGUAUGACUUUUUGACAAAAGAUUUCUUAAACUUUACUGAAGACUCUAAAGAGAAGGUCAUAGCAGUACUUCACAGUAAAAUUGACAGCGGUAUCGAAAUUCUAGAGAAAAUUGGUGGCUACAACACUGCUGUUGGUUGGUUGGAGAGAUUUAAACCCGAAGUUAGUGAUGUCCUUACCACUGGCAUGCAGAGCAAGAAGUUUUCAGCCAUCUGCCACGGUGAUUGCUGGAACAAUAACCUUCUCUUUAGGUAUAAUGACGAAGGCUGCCCUUUAGAAGUCAUGUUAUUGGAUCUCCAGCUAUGCCGUGAGUCUUCCCUGGCGUGUGACUUGAAUUACUUCUUGUACACAAGUGUCACUGGGGACAUCAGGACACCGAACCUCCACCAUAUUUUAUCCAAUUACCAUUCGUCAUACAAGGCAGUGCUCGACGGGUUAAAGGUACCAAUGCACUUCAGUGACAUCGAACUCUUUGAUGAAUGCAGAAGUAAAUACAAAGUCGGAAUACUCUUUGCCCUAGGCGUCAUACCAGUUUUACUAAGAGAACGAGAAGAUGUCCCUGUCUCCAAAAAUACGGACUGGAAGAAGUACAUGGAGGAAACUCGAAGAGCAGCCCUGCAGAAGUUGGAUAAAAAUCCUUUGUGCAAAUCUCUGUUUCUGUCUGUUUUUGACGAGUUUAUAGACAAUGGGCUCAUUGCCUGA